AUGUCGACAAACGAUGCUAACUUUAUGCUGUUUCCAAACAUCAACGAUUGUUCGUACGUUUCGUGCUACUGCGAAGAAAAUGUCUGGAAGCUGUGUGAGCAAGUGAAGAGAACAUACCCGUCGGAGCUGCCGAAAUGCUACGCUGUGUUCGUGUCGAACGAACGUCGGACCGUGCCGCUGUGGAGGCAGAAGGCGGGCCGUGGCGAUGAGAAGCUGGUGAUAUGGGACUACCACGUAUUUUUCAUGCACAAUCCGUCACCGAACCGGUGUCUGGUGUUUGAUCUAGACACGACGUUACCGUUCCCGACCUACUUCCACAAAUACGUUACCGAAACGUUCCGAUCGGAUUAUGCCUUAACGCCGGAGCAUCACAGAUUCUUCAGAGUGAUACCGGCAGAAAAAUAUCUGGCAGAGUUUUCGUCCGAUCGACGGCAUAUGCGUAGACCGGAUGGAUCCUGGAUUAAGCCACCGCCGUCCUAUCCACCCAUACAGACAAGCGCGAGCACCCACAGCUUAGACGACUUCAUCUGCAUGAAGCCCGGGAAAGGGCCGGGUGCGGUGUACGAUUUGCUACAUUUCGUACAGCAGUUCUACAAACCGCCGGAUCGGAACAUCGGUACCAAAACGCAAAAUUAAAAGCACAUUAAGCAAGGCACGACGUUACGCGGCGUACGAACGUUUAACGAUGUCGGUGGCAAUA